CCGGGGGCUAGGCACGUUGCCUACUUCUCCAGGGCCGAGGCUGGGUUUGCGUUUCCCUGCCCUUAGCCCAGUGUCUGGCACAUAGUAGGCGUUUGUUAAUUGGGGCCGCUAGAUGGCGCAAGGGAGAGAGCACCGGCCCUGAAGUCAGGAGGACCUGAUUUCAAAUCCGUCGUCAGACCAAACGCUUUACGCUAGCUGUGUGGCCCUGGCCUAUGAAAUAGGGAGAUGCCUGGCACGUUUUGUGAAUGGGAUACUGGAAUGACUGGAGGCUGACGUCAUUUGAGCACCUAGGCUAUUAAGUCCUACCUCCGAUUGGUUGAUUUGGUCAAGAGGCCUUUUGAUUGGCUGGCUAGGGCGUCUCAACCGCCUACACUCAUCUGCCUGGCGGUAGAUAUAAACCAAGAAGGCUUCAGCAUUGGACAGCACAGGAUUAGAAACUCAACUCAGGCAGAAAGAAGCACCUCGGCUCUCAGGGCUGCAGUUCUUCAGGAAACCUCGCUCCCCAAGAGAGGACGCCAUGAUCCUCCUAAAGCUCUCUUCCUUCCUGGCUUUCUUUGCCUUGGUUGUAUGCCAGAUGGACAGCCUCCAGGCUGCUCCAUUCAGGCCUGGUUUUGAAUCUGUCAUGCCAGACCAUGUGUCUCUCAGCGACGAUGAAGCUCGGCACCUGCUGAAUGCUUUGGUGAAAGAGUUUGUGCAGAUGAAAGCUGAUGAGCUGGACCAGGUGACUGAGGACAACAGCCUGGACAGACCUAGAGCUAAGCGGUGCAGUAAUCUGAGUACCUGUUUGCUGGGCAAGCUCUCGCAGGAACUGCACAGGCUACACACUUAUACGCGCACUGACGUCGGGGCGCGAACACCUGGCAAGAAACGAGACCUGCUGAGCGACCUGGAGAAUGACCGUUAUGCAAACUCUGAGGAUGUCCUGGGGAGCAACUAGACUGGCUUGGCUUUCUGCCUUUUCCCAUGUUCUCUCCUUAACUUCCUUUCUGAUUUCCUUCCUUCCUUUCUGUCUUUACCUUGAUGCAUGUAUUUUUUUUUUAAACUAUGAUUUCCGAUUCUGCUGUGUUCAUUAGAUACAAUUGCUGACAGAGAAUGUUUGAGACUUUAACAUGGGAAGGGCAAAGGUCAUGCACAAAUAAGUCUGGCUAAGGAAGGAAAAAAAAUAGUCAGACUUUUACUAAUCAGUGAAUCAAUCUGAAAGUGCUGCCAGGGGGCACAACUCGUUGUCUAGGAUGGUUCAUUCUACAAAUCAGCCUUUGGCUUCAGGCUGUACUGAUGGGCACAGCUUCCAUGCUUAGCCGUGUUGAAUAAACUAUCAUUUUUA